AUGGAAAGAUAUUUCAAGUGUGUUGUACUUUUGGUGUUUAUUGUAAUUGCACAAAUGUGCUUGUGUGCUAAUUCAAAUGUCCCUUGCAUAGAACAAGAGAGACAAGCCCUUCUUGAUUUCAAAGCAUCCAUUUCACAAAAUUCAUCAAACAGACUUUCAUCAUGGAAAGGCACUCACUGUUGCCAAUGGGAUGGCAUUCGCUGUCACAAUGUUACUGGACAUGUUCUCAAGCUUGACCUCAGGAAUCCUUGUUACCUACCAUCUUGGGUGCUACGAGAACGAGAAGUUUAUCAUUACUUUCGCUAUGGUUUGUCAUUAAUUGCUCCAAAUGUAAGCUCAUCUUUGUUGCAAUUGGAACACUUGACUUAUUUGGACUUGAGUGGAAAUGAUUUCUGUGGGAGUUCAAUUCCUAUGUUCAUUGGUUCCAUGGAACACCUUGAAUAUCUCUCUCUCUCAUGCUUCUUUUAG